GCGGGUGGGGAGAUGGAUAAACUGACCAUCAUCUCAGGAUGUCUCUUUCUGGCCGCCGAUAUCUUCGCCAUCGCCAGCAUCGCCAACCCCGACUGGAUCAACACCGGGGAGUCCGCGGGAGCACUCACUGUGGGCCUUGUGCGACAGUGUCAAACAAUCCAUGGACGAGACCGGACAUGCAUCCCACCUCGGCUUCCUCCAGAGUGGGUCACCACACUGUUUUUUAUCAUCAUGGGAAUCAUUUCAUUGACUGUUACAUGCGGCUUGCUGGUGGCUUCCCAUUGGCGAAGAGAAGCUACAAAAUAUGCUCGAUGGAUAGCAUUUACUGGAAUGAUCCUUUUCUGUAUGGCUGCCCUAAUAUUUCCAAUAGGAUUUUACAUCAAUGAAGUUGGAGGUCAACCUUAUAAAUUACCCAACAACACAGUAGUUGGGUCAUCAUAUGUACUUUUCGUCUUAUCAAUUUUCUUUACAAUAGUAGGACUUCUAUUUGCUGGCAAAGUUUGUUUACCAGGCUGAGAAUGUCUAAAUUGCUCGACUCUUCUACUAUUUUUUAUUUUAUUUUAUUUUUUUAUUUUUGGAGGGUGGGGAGGACAAAGGUAAGGCGUCUGAGUAGUCAGUCCUCUUGUAGGAAGAUGCUUAGAUCAAACUGAUGCUGAAAAGGAAAAAAAAAUGCUUUGAUUUGUUCUCACUAUGCACUUUGGAUUUUAAAAAAAAAAAAAGGAGAGCUUUUUCCAUAACCAAAUAUAGACAAUAUUGACUAAAUCUCCUGAGCAUAUUCAGGCAGUCAGGUCUGCACUGUGAUAGCAACCUAGUGAAGGAGAAUGCUUUAUACUGAAAAGCAUGUGGCCCUUGGCGACUCCAUUUUUCCAUUUUUAACGUCUGAUGAUUCAUUUGAGGUGGGUGGGGGGGAGGUCUAAGUAUUUAUGAGUCAUGGUGGACCAGAGUGAUACAAGAGAAGUUCAUGUGGGGCUGGCCUCACCUCCUAAGAAAUUAGUUUUCACAGUUUCCUUGUAAUGGUAUGAGCCUUUGGCUCCAGAAUGGAUUACCAUUGCAUUACUACACCAAGAAGCCAAUAGAUCAAACUUGUUUGCUAAAAUGUAUGUAAAAAUUCUGAAAUUCCCCAUUCUCUGUGUACAAAAAAACAAAAAUCAAACACUACAAAACAUG